ACGUCGCGGCGAUCGGAAGCAAAAUACGGAGAAGGUCCCUCGGUUUCGCACACAUUCCAUAGGAACACACACACUAGCGUCGCAGUGUGUCGGAGAGUGUCCGCGUCGCGUGUAAAUCGGGCGUGCGUGUGCGUGUGGCCACCCUGUGCCGUCGUCGGGAGUUUCCUCCAAAUUUGAGCAAGUGUGUGCAGUGCUUUAUUUUUAAUUCACAACCUGCGAAGCGGUUGUUCUUUGGGAAGCUGAACCAGUGGCCAAUGCACUGCUAAAAGUGGUUCCAGGAUAUGCAUUUAGCAAUAGGAUUUGCAGUGGCAGCUCUAGGGCUCCUGGGCUGUUUGCUGCCUUCGACCAGAGCAGAGUACUACCAGAAGGACUCCUACUCGGAGUACAACUGCAACGAGCCGCUGCUGGAGUAUGCCAAAUUGACGGCCACAUCACAGCUUCGGGAACGAGGCCCGGAAAAUGCUCACCUGAACGCUCGCUCGGCAUGGACACCGGUCGAGAAUACCUACUUCCACUUCCUGACCAUCGACCUGGGGGGUCGGAAGAUGGUGCGGAAGAUUGCGACGGCUGGCCGCGCCACGACGAGUGAGUGCGUCACCGAGUACAUCGUCCAGUACUCGGACGACGGUGAAAUAUGGAAGUCGAUCACGGACAGUGGCGGCGAGGAGCAGCUCUUCAAGGGUAACAAGGAUGGCGAUUCGGUGCGCCACAAUUCAUUCGAAGUGCCAAUCAUUGCCCAGUGGAUCCGGAUCAACCCGACCCGGUGGCAGAAUCGAAUCUCGCUGCGUGUCGAACUCUACGGAUGUCACUAUGAAUCUGAGAACGUGUACCUAAACGGGACCGGCCUGAUCCGGUACGAUCUAUUGCGGGAUCCGGUGGCGGCGACGCGUGAAACGAUUCGCUUCCGCUUCAAGACGGCCCAGGCUAACGGUAUUCUGCUCUAUUCGAGGGGUACCCAGGGCGAUUACUUCGCGCUGCAGAUCAAGGACAAUCGGAUGGUGUUGAAUGUGGAUCUGGGUUCCGGGGUGAUGACAUCGCUCUCGGUUGGAAGUCUGCUGGACGACAACAUUUGGCACGACGUGGUCAUCUCCCGCAAUCGAAGGGAUAUCAUGUUCAGCGUCGAUCGGGUGAUCGUCGAGAAGAAGAUCAAGGGAGAGUUCGAUCGGUUGAACUUGAACCGAGCGAUCUACGUUGGAGGAGUACCAAACUUGCAGGAAGGAUUGAUCGUGCAGCAGAACUUCACAGGUUGUAUUGAGAAUCUUUAUCUGAAUGCUACAAACUUCAUCCGAGAGAUGAAGGAAGCUUUCUACGAGGGUGAACAUCUGCGUUACUUGAAGGUUCACGUUACGUACAAUUGUCCGGAGCCGCCAAUAAGCCCGGUGACCUUCCUGACCCGUGGGUCUCAUGCCAAGCUAAAGGGAUACUACAGCGUCAAGCAGCUGAAUGUGAGUUUUUCGUUCCGGACAUACGAAGAAAAGGGUCUGAUGUUGCAUCACGAUUUCAUCCGAGGCUCGGUGCGGGUAUUUCUGGAGGACGGCAAAGUGAAGGUGGCUCUGAAAACGGUGAAUGAGGAACAUGUGCGGCCCACAAUCUUGGACAACUACGAGGAGCAGUUCAACGACGGCAACUGGCACUCGCUGAGUUUGGCCAUCAAACCCAACAGCAUGAUCCUGAGCAUAGACGAACGACCGAUGGAGACUGUCAAGCUUUUUGCUACAGAAGAGUCAGGAUCGAACGGAACCAGACAACUGAGUGUCCAAACGGGAGAGCUGUACUACAUCGGCGGAGGCAAAUCGAAGGAUGGAUUUGUGGGUUGCAUGCGAACCAUCAUCAUCGAUGGGAACAUCCGACCUCCCUCGGACUGGAAGGAGGAUGAGUAUUGCUGCAAAGGGGAGAUGCUGUUCGAUGCGUGUCACAUGAUCGAUCGAUGCAAUCCUAAUCCGUGCAAGCACAGCGGAGUUUGUAAGCAGAAUUCUAUGGAGUUCACCUGCGAUUGUGCUGGCACUGGAUAUGCCGGAGCUGUCUGUCAUACUUCGUUGAACCCGUUGUCUUGCCAGGCAUACAAAAAUGUGAAUGUGGUACAGUCGCGUACCACUAUCAACAUAGACGUCGAUGGAAGUGGACCGUUGGCGCCGUUCCCGGUGACCUGCGAGUUUUACACGGAUGGCAGAGUUAUUACGGUGUUGAGUCAUAGUUCGGAGCAUACGACCCGAGUCGACGGGUUUGCGGAGCCCGGUUCUUUCGAGCAGAAUAUUAUCUACGAAGCCGAUUUGCCACAGAUUGAGGCACUUCUGAAUCGAUCGCAGUCCUGCUGGCAGAGAUUGAACUACGCUUGUCGAUCUUCGCGUUUGUUCAACUCGCCCUCGGAGGCAGAAAGCUUCCGGCCUUAUUCGUGGUGGAUGUCGAGACACAAUCAACCGAUGGACUAUUGGGCUGGUGCUCUGCCCGGAUCCCGAAAGUGCGAGUGUGGUAUCUUGGGUACCUGUGUUGAUCCUACAAAAUGGUGUAACUGUGAUUCGAACAGUCUGGAGUGGCAGGAAGAUGGUGGAGAGAUUCGUGAGAAAGAAUUUUUACCCGUGAAGGCUUUGCGAUUUGGAGACACGGGUACACCGGUUGAUGAGAAAUUGGGUCGCUACACUUUGGGUCCGCUGAAGUGUGAAGGAGAUGAUCUGUUCAAUAAUGUUGUAACCUUCCGUAUCAAGGACGCCACGAUAAACCUUCCACCGUUUGAUAUGGGUCAUUCGGGUGAUAUCUACUUCGAGUUCAAGACAACUAUCGAAGAUGCAGUAAUACUGCACGCCAGAGGUCCGACGGAUUUUAUUCGACUGAACAUCGUCGGUGGAACGAAGCUGUUGUUCGAGUAUCAGGCUGGAACUGGAACACAGAAGGUUUACGUUGAGACCAGCUACCGAUUGAGUGAUGAUCGAUGGCAUUCGGUUAGUGUGGAACGGAAUCGUAAGGAAGCCCGGCUGGUGGUGGACGGAUCGAUUCGAGCGGAAGUGCGGGAACCUCCGGGUCCCGUUCGUGCUCUGUAUCUGACUUCGGAGUUGAUCGUCGGCGCUAGCAUUGACUAUCGGGAUGGUUUUGUUGGCUGUAUUCGAGCGCUGCUGUUGAAUGGCAAUCAAGUUGAUCUACGUGGCUAUGCCGAGCGUAGGUUGUACGGGGUUUCCACGGGUUGUGUGGGUCGAUGUGAGUCGAAUCCUUGCUUGAACAACGGAACCUGUACCGAGCGAUAUGAUAAUUUCGUGUGCGAUUGCCGCUGGAGCGCCUUCAAGGGACCGAUUUGUGCUGAUGAAAUUGGUGUUAACAUGAAAGCUAGCUCGAUGAUCAAGUACGACUUCCAGGGUGCGUUCCGAUCCACACUUCACGAACGUAUCCGAGUGGGCUUCACAACGACAAACCCGAAAGGAUUCUUGCUUGGAUUCUUCUCUAGCCAAUCGAAGGAAUAUCUCACUAUUAUGGUUUCCAAUUCAGGCCAUCUGCGAGUUGUGUUUGACUUCGGUUUUGAACGGCAGGAGUUAAUCUACCCGACGAAACACUUCGGCUUAGGACAGUACCAUGAUGUACGGUUUUCCAGGAAGAACGGUGGCUCGACAGCUGUUUUGGAAAUUGAUGACUACGAACCGCAGGAAUAUCACUUCGAUAUCAAAGAUUCUGCUGACGCUCAGUUCAACAAUAUCGAGUUUAUGUACAUUGGCAAAAACGAAUCGAUGAAGGAUGGAUUUAUUGGAUGUAUAUCGAGGGUAGAGUUCGAUGACAUCUACCCGCUCAAGUUCAUGUUUCAGGAGAACCCUCCACCCAAUGUGAAGUCCUUAGGAACUCCAUUAACGGAAGAUUUCUGCGGUGUAGAACCUGUAACACAUCCGCCGAUAGAGAUUGAAACCAGACCACCACCCAUUGUUGACGCAGAUAAACUUCGAGAUGCCUACGGUCCAGAUACCGCUGUUCUAGGGAGUGUGCUAGCGGUUUUGCUUCUGUUGCUGAUUCUGAUGGCCGUGCUGAUCGGUCGCUACAUGAACCGCCACAAGGGCGAAUAUCUGACGCAGGAAGACAAGGGCGCCGAUAUGGCGUUGGAUCCAGACGAUGCUGUCGUGCAGUCGACGACCGGGCAUCAGGUUACCAAGCGAAAAGAGUGGUUUAUUUAAUGGCCCUUUAUACUUUGAUCCGGACUCACGUCGCGGCUUGGUUUGGCUCGACGAAGAUGGUUACACCGUUUUCGACGAGAGAAAGAAUAAGUGAAUAGAAAAACAAAAUCGACAGUGCGGAUAGAAUAUUGUGUUCGAAAGUAGCGCGACUGUUUUUUAUCUCAACUCUGAAAUAUGCCAAAUUUAUGGUUAUUAUAACUUACAACUCCAUACUUUAAAGCUAAAUAACUAAUAUCAAAGAAAACGUAAGUUAAGUUGACAACGAACGACUCCAUUACUGUUCGCAUCUUCAAAAUGUUCAAGUUGGGUUAGUUAUUUCUGUUCAAUAUUGCUUAGAUUCAAUCUUAAUUUUUGUUCAAUUUUACCAGAGAGAAGAAGAUAAAAAACGCGCGUCUUUAGAAAAACUAAAAUUUGACCUCCAUAAUGUGAAAGGACGAUUUCUAUAGCUACCGAUCACAAAGAGGUGUUAUAGGAUUCGUUU